CUUCGACGCAGAUCAGUCACUUUGGCUUUGAUGGGCUGCAUCAAAGCCGUCCAGCACGACACCGUCGACAAUUAUCGACAUCGUUCUCGUACACACGUCUGAGAAGAACUCAUGGUAUAUCUGUGGUAACAUGGGAACUAUGUGGCUAUUUUCUCUCCAAGGCCCCCCUUCCUCCAAAGUCUGGCUUGGUAAAUCCCAUUAGGGUGCGUGGCAUCUGUCGUAUAUAUGCACGCCGGUGACAUCGCUCUCGAGAUGCUGGCGAAUGAAGUCGUCCGUGUUGGACCGGUGGGACAUGCUCGCACUACACAGCAGUUGGCCCCGCCCUUUAUAACCCCUAGUAUCGUCCCUCCACCCGUGAAUCACUUCAUAUAGCUCCCCUGUCAUAAUCUGUAUCUAGUCCACACCUUCAUUUCAUCAUGCCGCCUCCUAGAAAGUCAGAGCCUCCUCACUUGUUGGAAUUCGCUACCAACAGCCUGCGUAACACCACCAUCUCCGUCGACAACGACGAACACUUCUACGAGGUCGUCACCAGAUUCUGGCACCCUGAUACCACAAAGAUCUUCAAGCUGGAUCCUGACUCAAAGGAGAUGAACCUUGUUGCGGAGAUAGACCGUUUGAAGAGCAAGCAGCCGAGGAUUCGCUUCGGCGGUGAACAGGGAAGGUGGAUGGAGGAGAGUGAAUUCCUUCGGUGGGAUGAUCGGAAGCGUGAAGCAGUUUUCACCGGUGCACAAGGUAUCGAAUAUCGCUGGAAGAGUCACCACCGUCGUCUUCAGCUCGUGCGCACGGCCGAGGACGACCAUACUCCCGUGGCUGACUUCCACGCUCACCGCCGCCACUUCUGGGUGUGGCGUAUGUCAAAGCACGCUUAUCUUGAGGUGAAACCCGAAGCUACUGAAGCCCUGGACUCACUCAUCAUGAGCUUCCUCUUGGUCCAGAGGCGUCGUCGCGAUUCGAGGCCAGCUCUGAGAGUCGAGAGGUCGUGA